AUGGAACUCAAGGGAGAAGAAAACAAAACGACGACGUAUUGCGUGACUGGUGCAAGUGGAUACAUCGGUUCUUGGCUGGUUAAGUGUCUUCUCGAAAGAGGCUACACUGUUCAUGCCACACUCAGAGAUCUUGCAAAAUCUCAAUAUUUUCAAUCGAAAUGGAAGGAAAAUGAACGGCUUAGAUUAUUCCAAGCGGAUCUUCAAGAUGACGGCAGCUUCGAUGACGCCGUUAAAGGCUGUGACGGCGUUUUCCAUGUCGCGGCUUCCAUGGAGUUUGAUCUCUCAUCAGAUCACGUCAAUCUCGAGAGUUACGUCCAGAGCAAAGUCAUAGAUCCGGCGAUAAAAAGUGUACGGAAUGUACUUGGUUCUUGUCUAAAAUCAAAAUCAGUCAAAAGAGUUGUUUUCACAUCAUCCAUCAGUACUCUCACAUCAAAAGAUGAGAAUGGACGGAUGAGAUCUGUCGUGGAUGAGACUUGCAAGACUCCCAUUGAUCAUGUCAUGAAAACAAAAGCAAGUGGAUGGAUUUAUGUACUAUCCAAGCUUGCGUCAGAGGAAGAAGCAUUUAGAUAUGCAAAAGAGAGAGGAAUGGAUCUUGUUUCAGCCAUUACAACUACUGUCUCGGGUCCAUUCCUUACUCCUUCUCUCCCAUCAAGCCUUCAAGUUCUCUUGUCGCCGAUCACUGGUGACUCCAAGUUGUUUGCUAUACUAUCGGCAGUAAACAAAAGAAUGGGUUCGAUUGGUUUGGUACACAUUGAAGAUAUUUGCAACGCGCAUUUGUUUUUGAUGGAGCAACAAAAAGCUGAAGGUCAAUACAUAUGUUGUGUUGACAACAUUGAUAUGCAUGAGUUGAUGCUUCAUCACUUCUCUAAGGACUAUCUUUGUAAAGUUCAAAAGGUAGAUGAUGAUGUGGAAGAGAGACAGUGUUUGAUGAAGCCUAUAAUUUCUUCAAAGAAGUUGAAAGAACUGGGGUUUGAGUACAAAUAUGGUAUUAAAGAAAUUGUGCAUCAAACAAUUGGUGCUUCAGUCAAUUUUAGGUUUCCUACUUUGAACCAGAAACUCGAGCACUGA